CCCCCGCCCUCGCCCCCGCCCCGCGCGCCGGUCCCCGCCCCGUCCGGCGUGCUAGGGCUCUCUCUGGGUGUGGUCGCCUUCUUGUGUGGCGGAGCCUGCUAGUGGUUCGCGACCCGCAGCCGGGCGCCCAGCAGCAGCGCGGUGGUGGCGGCCGGGCUCCAGCUCUUCCCUUGAGACUCCUGAGGGAAACUGCCACGCAGGAUGAGUGAGCUGGAGCAGCUGAGGCAGGAGGCUGAACAGCUUCGGAAUCAGAUCCAGGAUGCUCGGAAGGCCAGCAACGAUGCCACACUGGUUCAGAUCACGUCUAAUAUGGACUCCGUGGGCCGAAUACAGAUGCGGACAAGGCGCACACUGCGGGGUCACCUCGCUAAGAUCUACGCCAUGCACUGGGGAUACGAUUCCAGGCUGCUAGUCAGUGCCUCGCAAGAUGGGAAAUUAAUUAUUUGGGAUAGCUAUACGACGAAUAAGAUGCAUGCCAUCCCGCUGAGGUCCUCCUGGGUGAUGACCUGCGCCUACGCCCCGUCUGGGAACUACGUUGCCUGUGGAGGCUUGGACAACAUCUGCUCCAUCUACAACCUGAAGACAAGAGAGGGAAAUGUGCGGGUGAGCCGCGAGCUGCCGGGGCACACGGGCUACUUGUCCUGCUGCCGGUUCUUAGAUGAUGGACAAAUCAUUACAAGUUCCGGAGACACGACUUGUGCUCUGUGGGACAUCGAAACCGGACAGCAGACCACAACCUUCACAGGACACUCGGGUGACGUGAUGAGCCUCUCACUGAGUCCUGACUUGAAGACCUUUGUUUCUGGUGCUUGCGACGCAUCUUCCAAACUGUGGGAUAUCCGAGACGGGAUGUGUAGACAGUCUUUCACAGGACACAUCUCAGACAUCAACGCUGUCAGUUUCUUCCCGAGUGGCUAUGCCUUUGCCACUGGUUCUGACGAUGCCACCUGCCGACUCUUCGACCUCCGUGCAGACCAGGAGCUCCUGUUGUACUCGCAUGACAACAUCAUCUGUGGCAUCACUUCCGUGGCCUUCUCAAAGAGCGGGCGCCUCCUGCUAGCCGGCUAUGACGACUUCAACUGCAGUGUGUGGGACGCUCUGAAAGGAGGCCGGGCAGGUGUCCUUGCUGGUCAUGACAACCGAGUCAGCUGCUUGGGUGUGACUGAUGACGGCAUGGCUGUGGCCACAGGCUCCUGGGACAGUUUUCUUAGAAUCUGGAAUUGAGUGCCAUAUUUUGUGUUCUCCAGUGAUAUCUGGGGAAAUCCAUGCUACAGCCUAUAGCUGUGAGGGGAAAAAAACAACCCUCUCUACCUUCUAUUUGCAGAUGAAGUUUUUCUAUUGAGGUGACUAUAUAUAAAAAGCAGCAUUCAAUAAACUGAAGUUUAUUGAAACUGUUGUAAUAUAAAUGGUGGUCAGAGAAACAAGACUUAAGAUCCCUUGCUGAGGUCAAAGGCUGGGGUAUUCAUUGAGUGGUUGUGUUGACGUUAACCUGACAGAUUCUUGCUUGUGCUAAUUGUUUUUCUUUAGAUUAGAGUGCACACUUUAUAGCAGACAACCAUUUGUGUUUGCAUUUUGUUAAGGACUACCAUUGAACUUUGUAUAUAUAAGAAAUGUCACGUUUUUAAAGUGUUGUCAUGGAAGAACCGGGGCCUGUGAUAGACAGAUGUGUGUGCUAUGUGAAGGAAGUCCCCUUGGAUUCUGACACAUUUUAACCUGAGAGCCCCUGGCUGCUUUCCGAUCCGUGGAAUCCGUGGGUUGAUUCUGAGGUGGUUCUGAGGGAUCCAGUGGCUGUUCAUGUGUUCUCUGCCCUCUAGGAAUUUAAGUAAGUGCUCAUUUUCAGUCCUUUGAGGGGACAGGUGAUAGGAAGGCCAGGGGGUAAAAACUUCACUUCGACAUAGGGCACACUGAAGAAAUGACAUUGCAAUUUAUUACAUUAGAAACCAGUACACACUGGCAUGCAAUUGUUUAUAUUUUGAGGCUCAACCACUGGGUGGCGGUGGUGGUGCACGCCUGUAAUCCCAGCACUCUGGGAGGCAGAGGCAGGUGGAUUUCUGAGUUCGAGGUCAGCCUGGCCUACAGAGUGAGUUCCAGGAUAGCCAGGGCUACACAGAGAAACCCUGUCUCAAAAGAAAAAAAAAAAUCCAAAAAAGUAAAGAAGAGGCUCAGCCAUUUGAACCACUGGACCUUGCUGUUAAUUUUGCCUUCUGAACAAAGUGUGUAGAAAGUACUAGUAUUUGAGAAGUCUGACUUGUCUCUGCAUCUGAAGACUCUUGUCUUGUGCUCUCUGUAAUGGGAGGAAACGGUGUCUCACCUUUAACAUUUUUGAGAAAUGUAAACUCAUCCACUCAACUGGCACAAGUAACAUAUGAUUUAUAUGUCACAUAUACAUAUGUAUAUAUAUAUAUAUAUAUACACAUACAUAGACACACACAUGUGAUGGCUUUGUGAAUUCUGUGUAAUGUAAAAUCUAUGUAAUGUAAAAACAGGUAUAAACUAUUUGUACCCUUGAACUUUACUUUUCCAUCCUUGUGGUGCUGCAGAAAUCCAGGCCUUGUGCCCACCAGCCAAGUGCUCUAGUUAGUACAUCCUAUCAGCUCGACGCUCCCUGCUGCCGUGUAGUACUGCUCUCCAUAGCAUGAUGUGUUUAAGGAGCUUACUGCAAAGCUAGUCUAGAGCUGACCAGCCCUGGAGCCUAAAGCAUUGUUGCUAAGGGGCUCAGUAAAGUGUCUGUCACUGGGAUGGCCCGCCCCCAGCAGAUGCCUCUCUUCAGUUUUCUCCUGUAGAUUCAAAUGACUGACAAUAGCAGACUGUUAUGUCCUGCUGGUGCUGUCUCCUUGGGUUAUUUGGAUGUAUACACACACAUUGUAAAGCUGUUAUUUAGCAGUUUCUGUGUUAAUGUUGAUCACCUGUAACUGUAACCUUAAUACUUCCACACUGUGUCUGUGAGUUUUCAUCUUUGUACUGUGAAUGUGCCCAUGUAUAUAAUGGCUGUGAUCAAGCCAGCAUCCGUUUUGUUUAUUAAGGUCAGUUGAUCUUGAGAGAAUACAGUGGAAAGAGCCUUAGCCCAAGCCCACACAGCUCCAGGGUCUGACUGGGGCAGAGAGGGAAAGAAGCGCACACACACACACACACACACACACACACACACACACACACACACGAAAGCUGGGGUUGGGUAGACACUGAUGGAGAAACCGGCACCCAGAAGCUCAGAGAGUUUAUUCCAUUUAGAAGCACAAAGAGGCGGUGCUCGUCUACAGACAAACAUCUGUGAUACACUGCUGGAUCGAGGAGACAGGUUAGCUAAUCUGAUACGGCAGCCACUCUGGACUCCCUCUGCUCCCUACAGAGGUGAACUGAGAUACAGUAUUGGAGAGAAACAGAUCAUCAAUGGCAGGUGUGAAUGUGCACUUUAAUCUGUGGGACCCCUUUGCUCUUGUCUAUUUGUGAAAUAGGGAGUACUCUCAAAUAGGGCACAACUUAAAAAAGAAAACUUGACAGUGCUGAAUGAAGUCUAGCCUGCCGUGUACGUCUGCCCAGAAAGUGUCCUAUCACUGUUACAUCUACAGCCCGCCCACCCCAGGCAGAGUUACAUGAUCAUGAUCCUCCCCAGAAGGGUGUAUAUCCACUGUGUAGCUCGGAAUUCAUCUCAAAACCUCGUUCAAAACAGCAUUCCUAUGGGGUAGAAUGCUUACAACACAAGGCCCUGGGUUCAAUCCCUAGCUCUCUCUCUGUGUGUGUGUGUGUGUGUGUGUGUGUGUGUGUUUAGUCAUACAACAAGAUUCUAUGGUCCUAAAUGUUUUGAAAUGUCCCUCAGGGCUGGAGAGAGGGUUCAGCACUUACAGGCGUUCCUCUGCAGAAGACCUGGGUUUGAUUCCCAGCACCCACAUGGCAGCUCAGACUUUCUCUAGCUUCAGUCCCAGGAUCUCUGACUUCUCACCUAAUACAUACAUGCAGGCGAUGUUCAUACACCUUAAAUAUGUUUUUAAAGGAAUGCACUUUGUUAAGAGUUUGCAUGGACCAGAACCUGAAGGUUUCCCUUACUAGGUAUCUGGAGAGAAACCGUGACGACCGUGCGGCUAUGCACACAGGGCCAACUGCUCACAAACUGCUUUCUUACCGUUGUGUCUUUAGGGUUUCUCUGCAGUUUCUGCUGUGGUCAAAUACAUUGGCUUGCUGGAGAGUUCCUGAAAUUAGCCUGCACAAUGUACCAUAGCAGGCUCAUGCGUAACAUGAGACAACAGCUGUCCUUCAGACUGGCAAGUUUGUUGCACUUUGCCCUGGCCUCUAGCCCGGUCCGCAGGCAUAUGCCACAAUGCCACGUUCCCCACGCACACUGCAGUAUUGGAAAGGCACAUGUUCUCUCCUAAAACGAUGUGACCACCAUGUGGUUAACACCCCAAAAUACUGUUCAGCACACAUCUCUCUGGCCUGGGAUGGACAAGCUCCAUUUUGGCAGCUGUGAUAUCCCAGGUCCCUUUCUAGAUCAUACUUAAGCUGUGACACAACACGUAUUGAAUUAUAGAUUCAUGAAAACAAAGUGUUGGGGCUUGGCAUUUCAAGAGCAAAAGUCGAGUAAGUGGCUAUCAUUUACGGGCACGGUGUUUCUGGAAUGCUAAGGAAUUUUAACCUAUUAAAGGAGAAAUGAAGCUAGGUGUGGCAGUGCGUGGUAUUUGGGCACUGACAGCAGAGCUGAGGCCAGCCUGGGCUCUCAGGUGGAAACCUUAUCCCAGAGGCUGGAGGGAUGGCUCAGUAGUUGGGUCCGCUUAGUGCUAUUGCAAAGGACCUGAGUUCAGUUCCUGGUUAACAACUGCUUCAAAGGAUCUUAAACUCUCCUCAGGCACCUGUACACACAUAGUUUAAAAUGAAUCCUUUUCUUUUAAAAAGACCCCUUUAUUUUAAUAAAAAAAUUUUAUUGCUGAAAGUACUCUCUAAUUUUGUUGAUGUUUUAGAUUUAGUAGUAAAACUAAGACAUCAUUUCAGAAGUGAAACGAUUCAGGAAGAUUAUUUGGAUGUGGAUUUUGAACUACAAUGUGCUUUGUUACUGACUAGCUUAGGAAAAGCUGAAUCCGCAGUCCCCCAGCUAGGCCUGUCGUCAUUACAUAGGGAACAUACAUUUACAAUUUGCAGAUAACACCAGGCCUGUACAAAUACUUAUGUCCUGUCUUCAGGUGCUGAUUCUUUGGCCACCGUGGAAAGCAUAUUGUAAAAUGACAUCUUAGCCGGACAGAAAUGUAAAAGCCACCCAGCCACAGGGGAGUGUCCUUUCUAGGGAGAUUGUCUUAGACUGUGUGGACAGUGAGGCACACAGCAGACUCACUUCUGCUUCUCAUUGGUUAUAACGGGUAUUCGCCACGUGUCUGGCCAGUACGGUUAGCCGACUGAUGGAAUGUCUUAUAUUUAGGAAACGUUUUCCAUGUUGAUAAAGUUUCCUAAGCAUCCCCCCUCUCCCAAACCAAUAGCUGGUUUUGUAAAACAGGUGUAACAAUGUGGCCUUCCAAGGAAAAGACUUGUUUCAACUAGUAUGAGAUGUAUCCAACAGACUCUCCAUAGCACCUCGGGUUCCUAGGUCUUGAGUGGUUCAGCAGCAGGGGUACAGGCAUUUUCUGUGUUUAUGCAACUGUACUCUAGCAUUUCACUGUCUCACUGAAGGCAUGUGAUAGCCCACAUCUCAUGUGUGUCUUGAAGCUGGCUUGAGUAUUUCUUUAUAAGGUAUCUUGGAAACAUUUUUCUUCUCCUAAAAUAAUUUCUAACUCAAAAAGCCCAUUGACUGAAUGCCGGCCAUGUCUAAAGCUUAGCUAUAGAAGCAGGGACCUGUGCCUGAUUCACAGUAUUCCGAGGUAUGACAGGUGCACUCCUUUGUCUGUACAGUUGCUUGUGAAAUACUGCUGCAGCAAGCUCGUACUGUAAUCAAUAAAGUGCUUCUCACCAUG